UUUAUGGGUAUUGUGAUUUAUAUUGCUGUACUCUAUAGGCUACUACUUCUGAUACCUGUAAAUCUGCCCUUAAAGAUUACUGAAAAUAAAUAUAUAUAUUUUCGUUUCACGCCAGUGGAAUUUGACAGGUCCCCUCAAUUCUUUGACGUUUACCCCGCCCCAUCAAUCCUGGGUUGUUUACAAUACUGCCACAGGCCAGGAAUUGUGAGCGGCUGACGGACUCUUUUGGAACAUACCUCGUCAACUAGCUACUUUUACGAUAGAGGUCGUCUCUGAAAAGUAUUAGCGCACAGGGAAAGGUGCCACGCAAGAGCGGCCCGGCAACUCGACUGCAGCACGACCUUGGAUUGGAAAAGUAAGCACCAAAGAAAACAACGCCAUCGCCACCCGAAAAUAAUAGUAGCGAGGCGCCCACUUCCUGGGGUGUGAGGGAUUGAUCUCCUGUCACCAUGGACAUGGACACCCAGCCACAAGGCCAGCAGGCAGCAGUACCCGUGUUCCAGCCACAGAAGCCGCUUCAGCCGGACAUGGGCCACAACUCUCUGGCUAACUUCCAGAUUGAGAAGAAGAUUGGGCGGGGCCAGUUCAGUGAGGUGUACCGGGCCAGGUACCUGAUGGACAACACCUCCAUGGCCCUCAAGAAGGUUCAGAUAUUCGACUUGAUGGAUGCCAAAGCUCGGCAAGAUUGCAUCAAAGAAAUAGAUCUCCUAAAGCAACUGAACCACCCAAACGUGAUCAAGUACCAUGCAUCAUUUAUUGAGGAGAAUGAGCUGAACAUUGUGUUGGAGCUGGCCGAUGCUGGUGACCUCUCCCGGAUGAUCAAGCACUUCAAGAAGCAGCGGAGGUUAAUUCCAGAGAGGACAGUGUGGAAGUACUUUGUCCAGCUGUGCAGUGCGCUGGAACACAUGCACUCCCGACGGGUCAUGCACAGAGAUAUAAAGCCAGCUAAUGUGUUCAUAACAGCCACAGGAGUGGUGAAGCUGGGAGAUCUGGGACUAGGACGAUUCUUCAGCUCUAAAACCACCGCUGCCCAUUCUUUAGUGGGGACCCCGUACUACAUGUCUCCAGAGAGAAUACAUGAAAACGGAUACAACUUCAAAUCUGACAUCUGGUCGCUAGGCUGCCUGCUCUACGAGAUGGCAGCUCUCCAGAGCCCGUUCUAUGGCGAUAAGAUGAACCUGUACUCUCUGUGUAAGAAGAUAGAGCAGUGUGACUACCCUCCGCUCCCUUCCGACCACUACUCUGAAGAGCUGAGGAAGGUGGUAGAUAUGUGUAUUAACCCCGACCCAGAGAAGAGGCCGGACAUCAUGUAUGUGUAUGACGUCGCCAAACACAUGCACGGCCAGACGCAGCAGGGCAGCUAAGUCUACACCGGAGGAUACAAUACGACCCGCAUCUCUUCCUCUCUUCCCUCCUCCUCUCAUCCCUCGCUUCCACAUAAGGACAGGCAGACACCGAUCUUGUCUUUCACACAAUCAUGUAUUGAGAAGUUCUGCAAAAAAAAGUUCUCUAAUAUAAGUGUUUCGUUUUGUUUAAGAGAAGGGGGUUAUGUACUCUGCAUUCGUAAAGUAUUCGGACCCCUUCACUUUUUCCACAUUUUGCUACUUUACAGCCUUAUUCUAAAAUGGAUUACAUGUUUUUUGCCCCUCAUCAAUCUACACACAAUACCCCAUAAUGACAUACAGUUGAAGUCGCAAGUUUACAUACACCUUAGCCAAAUACAUUUAAACUCAGUUUUUCACAAUUCGACAUUUAAUCCUAGUAAAAAAUCCCUGUUUUAGGUCAGUUAGGAUCACUACUCUAUUUUAAGAAUGUGAAAUGUCAGAAUAAUAGUAGAGAGAAUGAUUUAUUUCAGCUUUUAUUUCUUUCAUCACAUUCCCAGUGGGUCAGAAGUUUACACACUCAAUUAGUAUUUGGUAGCAUUGACUUUAAAUUGCUUAACUUGGGUCAAACGUUUUAUGUAGCCUUCCACAAGCUUCCCACAAUAAGUUGGGUGAAUUUUGGCCCAUUCCUCCUGACAGAGCUUAUGUAACUGAGUCAGGUUUGUAGGCUUCCUUGCUCGCACACACUUUUUCAGUUCUGCCCACAAAUUUUCUAUGGGAUUGAGGUCAGGGCUUUGUGAUGGCCACUCCAAUACCUUGACUUUGUUGUCCUUAAGCCAUUUUGCCACAACUUUGGAAGUAUGCUUGGGGUCAUUGUCCAUUUGGAAGACCCAUUUGCGACCAAGCUUUAACUUCCUGACUGAUAUCUUGAGAUGUUGCUUCAAUAUAUCCACAUAAUUGUCCUUCCUCAUGAUGCAAUCUAUUUUGUGAAGUGCACCAGUCCCUCCUGCAGCAAAGCAUCCCCACAACAUGAUGCUGCCACUCCCGUGCUUCACGGUUGGGGAUGGUGUUCUUUGGCUUGCAAGCUUCCCCCUUUUUUCUCCUAACAUAACGAUGGUCAUUAUGGACAAAUAGUUCUAUUUUUGUUUCAUCAGACCAGAGGACAUUUCUCCAAAAAGUACAGUCUUUGUCCCCAUGUGCAGUUGCAAACCUUGGUCCGGCUUUUUUUAUGGCGGUUUUGGAGCAGUGGCUUCUUCCUUGCCGAACGGCCUUUCAGGUUAUGUCGAUAUAGGACUCGUUUUACUGUGGAUAACAGUACAUCCACAGGUACACCUCCAAUUGACUCAAAUUAUGUCAAUUAGCCUACCAGAAGCCUCUAAAGCCAUGACACCAUUUUUGGGGAAUUUUCCAAGCUGUUUAAAGGCACAAUCAACUUAAUGUAUGUAAACUUCUGACUCGCUGGAAUUGUGAUACAGUUAAUUAUAAGUUAAAUAAUCUGUCUGUAAACAAUUGUUGGAAGAAUUACUUAUCAUGCACAAAGUAGAUGUCCUAACCGACUUGACAAAACUAUAGUUUGUUAACAAGAAAUUUGGAGAGGGGUUGAAAAAUUUGUUUUAUUGACUCCAACCUAAGUGUAUGUAAACUUCCGAUUUCAACUGUAUACAAAAAAUAAUAAUAAUAGUAUGAAAUAUUACAUUGACAUAAAUAUUCAGACCCUUUACUCAGUACUUUGUUGAAGCACCUUUGGCAGUGAUGACAGUCUCGAGUCUUCCCAUUCUUCUCUGGAUUCCUCUCAAGCUCUGUCAGAUUGGAUGGGGAGUGUCGCUGCGUAGCUGUUUUCAGGUCUCUCCAGAGAUGUUCGAUCGGGUUCAACGAUGAGACAGCCUAUAGGGAGGAGGUCAGAGAACUGCCAGGACAACAACCUCUCCUUCAAUGUGAGCAAGACAAAGGAGCUGAUCCUGGACUACAGGAAAAGGCGGGCCGAACAGGCCUCCAUUAACAUCAACGGGGCUGUAGUGGAGCCGGUUGAGAGUUUCAAGUUCCUUGGCGUUCACAUCACCAAUGAACUUUCAUGGUCCAAACACACCAAGACUGUCAUGCAGAGGGCACGACAAAACCUUUUCCCACUCAGGAGACUGAAAAGAUUUGCCAUGGGUCCCCAGAUCUUCAAAAAGUUCUACAGCUGCACCAUUGAGAGCAUCCUGACGGUUGCAUCACCGCCUGGUAUGGCAACUGCUCGGCAUCUGACCGUAAGGUGCUACGGAGGGUAGUGUGUACGGCCCAGUACAUCACUGGGGCCCUGCUUCCUGCCGUCCAGGACCUAUAUAAUAGGCAGUGUCAGAGGAUAAAAAUUGUCAUAAAAAAGAGGAUAAAAAAGUCCAUAACAUUAUCAAAGACUCCAGUCACUCAAGUCAUGGACACACACGUCAAGCGGUACCGGAGCGCCAUGUCUAGGACCAAAUGGCUCCUUAACAGCUUCUACCCCCAAGCCAUAACACUGCUGAAAAAAUAAUCAAAUGGCCACCGGACUCUUUCAUUGACCCGUUUGUUUUGUACACUGCUGCUACUCGCUGUUUAUUAUCUAUGCAUAGUCACUUCACCCCUACCUACAUGUACAAAUGACCUCAACUAACUUGUACCACCACACACGGACUCGGUACCGGUACCCCCUGUAUAUAGCCUCGUUAUUGUGUUAUUUUUUUAUUUAAUUUUUUAACUGUUCUUGAACUGCACUGUUUAUUAAGGGCUUGUAGGUAAGCAUUUCACGGUAAGUUCUACACUUGUUGUUUUCAACUCAUGUGACAAAAAAAGUUUGAAGUCCGGGCUCUGGCUGGGCCACUCAAAGGCAUUCAGAGACUUGUCCCGAGACCACUUAUGAGUUGUCUUGGCUGUGUGCUUAGGGUCGUUGUCCUGUUGGAAGGUGAACCUUCACCUAUCUGAGGUCCUGAGCGCUCUGGAGCAGGUUUUCAUCAAGGAUCUCUCAGUACUUUUCUCCGUUCAUCUUUCCCUCAGAUCCUGACUGGUCUCCCAAUCCCUUCCUCUGAAAAACACCCCACUGCAUGAUGCUGCCACCACCAUGCUUCACCAUAGGGAUUGUAUUGGCCAGGUGAUGAGCGGUGCCUGGUUUCAUCCAGACGUAACAUUUGGCAUUCAGGCCGAAGAGUUGGUUUCAUCAGACCAGAGAAUCUUGUUUCUUAUGGUCUGAGUCCUUUAGGUGUCUUUUGGCAAACUCCAAGCGGGCUGUCAUGCAUCUUUUACUGAGGAGUGGCUUCCAUCUGGCCACUUUACCAUAAAGGCCUGAUUUGGUGGAGUGCUGCAGAGAAGGUACUCCCAUUUCCAGAGUGAACUUCGGUUCUUGGUCACCUCCGUGACCAAGGCCCUUCUAUCCCGAUUGGGCGGCCAGCUCUAGGAAGAGUCUUGACGGUUCCACGCUUCUUCCAUUUGAGAAUGAUGGAGGCCACUUUGUUCUUGGGGACCUUCAAUGCUGCAGAAAUCUGUUGGUACCCUUCUCCAGAUCUGUGCCUCGACACAAUCCUGUCUCGGGGCUCUACAGAUAACUCUUUCAACCUCAUGUCUAGGUUUUUGCUUUGAAAUGCACUGUCAACUGUGGGACCUUAUAUAGACAGGUGUGUGCCUUUCCAAAUCAUGUCCAAUCAAUUUAAUUUACCACAGGUAGAGUCCAAUAAAGUUGUAGAAACAUCUCAAGGAUGAUCAAUGGAAACAAGGAUGCACCUGAGCUCAAUUUCGAGUCUCAUAGCAAAGGGUCUGAAUACUUAUGUAAUUAAGGUAUUUCUUUUUUUUAUUUUCAAAAAUGUUCACAAAUGUCUAAAAACCUGUUUUCGCUUUGUCAUUAUGGGUUAUUGUGUGUAGAUUGGGGAAGGAAAAAAAUGGAAUACAUUUUAUAAUUUAAAAAAAAUAAGUGUCACAUUUGCCUAAUACAACAGGUGUAGGCCUUACCGAGAAAUGCUUAGUUACAAGCCCUUAACCAACAAUGCAGUUCAAGAAAAAGAGUUAAGAAAAUAUUUACUAAAUAAACUUUAGUAAAAAAUUUAAUAAAAAGUAAAAUAACAAUAACGAGGCUGUAUACAGGGGGUACCGAGUCAAUGUGCAGGGGUACAGGUUAGUCAAGGUCAUUUGUACAUGUAGGUAGGGGUGAAGUGACUAUGCAUAGAUAAUAAACAGCGUAACGCUGUAACGUAACAAAUUGUAGAUUAAGUGAAGAGGUCUGAAUACUUUUUGAAUGCACCGCGUCCCAGAUAUAUCCUCUCUCUAUUCCUGUUGCGUUUAAAGAUUGCUGCGGUUAAGAAACUGUAGAUUUGUCUGUUGUACCCUCCUGCCCUGCCCUGGGGUGAUGGAGGACUUUCAGAGGAUUAGGAUCUCAAGUUAGGAUUUAACAUUAAAGUAGUCUGCUGACACCUGUGUUACUAAUGUAUUUUGAUAAAUAUCAAUGAAUAUGUACUAUAUACAAACACACACACACACACACACACACACACACACACACACACACACGCAGCAGAAUCUGCAAAAUAUUCAUGUUGAGUAUUGUUAUUUUAGGAACAGAAUACUGUUAAGUGUAGAUUCUGUAGAUUAGAUUCUAAAUCGUAACAACAACCAGACAGGAAAAAAUAAAUUAAGUGUUUUGAUGGUUAAAUGUUGCUGCGUUGCACUUUUUACCCCGGUACUGAUAGGAAGGUGUGGUAAUAUGGCAGUGAAUGUAUUUCAGGAAGGAUUGUGCUAUGUAUUUUACCAAAAGGGAAGGGUAGUGAGCGAGUGAGAGCGUGUGAGAGAGAGAGAACUAGGAAUGAGGUACAGUAGGUAGAGAGACGUCGCUAGUUAACAGCAAGGUUAUCCAUGUAUGUACUUGGUAAUGUACAUUUUAUUGCUAGAUAUGCACUGUUGGAGCUAGAAACAUAAGCAUUUUGUUGCACCUGCGAUAACAUCUACAAACCGUGUACGCGACCAAUACAUUUUGAUUUCAUUUGAAUGUUAAUGAAAUAAUAACUAAUAUAAAAGCUUUGUCUGGGUAGUGCGGUCCAUGACAUGAGAAACAAAAUGAAAACAGAGUGCCUUUUAAAGUUAUUAGUGAUAAUUCUAACUAAUACUCCAACCCUAUAUUUUAGUUUUAAAAUAAGCCCAGUCUUAGACUUAGGAGUAGGCUCACCAUAGAUUUUAAAUAGGACAGCAAGUAAUCAACCAUUUUGUUUUUGUGUGUGCUUUAGUUUUUUAUCUGUGGUAGGGUGGUGAACUGAACUGAUGCCUAAGUUUAAACAAUAAUCACGUUGAUACAUCAAAUCACCAUUGUGCUGAUGUCUGUCGUUGUUGUUUGAUUGGGGAAAUGAACAACAGUGAUACAAUUAAUUUCCAUUGCACGUCUUGCUGAUGUUUUUCUUUGUUUCCACAGUUCUCCACAAUGUCUUUCAGUGUCUGUAACUAAUGGAAAAUUAGCUGUACAGUAAGGGAGUUUUGUUAGUUACAAUACAUGCCUUAUCAAUAAUGUCCUACUAACAGAAUGGCUUUUGCACAACACCAUCAUCAGUUUAUGGAAAAUGUUUCAAAGAUGAUACCAAAUGUAAAAUGGUAUUUAUUUGAUCAGAUAACAGUUAAGAGGAUUGACAGUUUAUUCAAGUGUCUUUUUAAAUGUUUUGCUUUUCUUUCGGCUCUUGUUUUGGUAAAGAUAAACAUCAUUUAGUCCUAUUGCUUUGUAGAAGAUUAAAGAUGCCGUCCUGGAUCUUAAGCGCUUACAAAUUCGUAAAAAAUAUUGUAUGAAUUUUAAUUCGUAACAUAUCAUAUGAAUUGCAAAAAAAAACUGCAUUUCUACAAAAUGCAUUAUGUAGUACACAGUUUUCGGGAUCCGUUUUGGCUUGUGAGCACUACUUUCAAAAAUACUGGCUGAAAUUUAUACAAAACCUCUACAGGAUCACUCUAAUGUAUUUGCCUUAAAAAAAAUGUAUAACCCUGUAAACACACACAGGUUGUCGUAUGGAGGAAAGCACCAAGGCUCUUUUUUUAAUGCUCAUUGUGGGCACACACACACCCCGUUCUUUCGCUCGAUUAGAUUGCUCACAGGGGUGAUGACCUCGGCUCCAUUGGUAGUGUGAUGAGGAUACUACACUCCCCUACAUAUGUAUUUGGACAGUGAAGCUAAAACUUUUAAUUUGGCUCUAUACUCUAGCUUUUUGGAUUUGAGAUCAAAUGUUUUAUGAGGCAACAGCACAUAAUGUCAACUUUUACUCACCUUUUACCUCAUACUUAUCUUUUUUACCGUUUAGAAAUGAAAGCACUUUGUGUAUCUAGUCCCCCCAUUUGAAGGUGUAGUAAGUAUUUGAACAAAUUCACUUAUAGUGUAUUACAAUUAGAGAAGUUUAGUAUUUGGUCCCAUAUUCCUACACACAAUGACAACAUCAAGCUUGUGACUUUACAAAUUUGUUGGAUGCAUUUGCAGUUUGUUUUGGUUGCGUUUCAGAGUAUGUUGUGCUCAAUAGAAAUGAAUGGUUAAGGGUUGUCAUGUGAGUCACUUUAAUUGUAAAUAAGAAUAUAAUAUGCUUCUGAAAACUUCUACAUUAAUGCGGAUCUUACCAUGAUUAGGGAUAAUCAUGAAUUAAUUGUGAAUAUUGAUGAGUGAGAAAGUCAUAAAUAUUAUAUCCCCCACCCCUGAAAAAAUUGUGCUAACCUCCCAUGUUAUUGGUAAUGGUGAGCGGUUUGUUUUUGGGUCAUGAACCUUUGUGCAUCUGUAAGUGAAUUUGUUCGAAUACUAUAAGUGCAUUCAUGUCUAACUGCUAAAACAGAUGUGUAUGAAAAUACCUUCAAAUAAACAGUGGCAUUCUGCACUGUCGCCUCAUAUAAAACAUUUCAUCUCAAGUCCAAAAUGCUGGAGUAUAAAACCAGAUUAAAAGUUUUAGAUUCACUGUCCAAAUAAACACGUAGAGGAGUAUAUAUUAUUCCUACCAGCCCUCUGAAGUUCUUAUUGAAGUAUUGGGAAGAAAAAAUCGUUUUUGAACAUUUCAUGGCUGUCUUUCAAGAUGAUGUGCAUCAUAAUUGCUUUGUAUGCUAACUGAAUGCAAUAAAGUAAAAAUGAUUUUGCAA